AUGGGUGGAGCAAUCAACACUUUGGCCUUUCCGGCCCCGAACUUGCCGCGCCAAUUCUAUGAGGAUGAGCUAAAGAGGCGCCCGGACCUGGUCUGGUUGGAAACAGUUAACAAGGAGCGGAUUCCGGCCUGCCACGUCCGGGGAGGUUCUUCCGGCAAGACUCUGCUUUACAGCCAUGGCAAUGCGGAGGACCUCGGGCUUCACCUAGAAUACAUUGAUUCCCUGGCUCACUUCACCGGUGCGGAUGUCUUCAGCUAUGAGUACGUGGGCUAUUCCCUCUCCAAGCUUCAAGGCUGCCAGCCCUCGGAGGCAGCCUGCCUACGAAGCAUCGAUGCUGCAUGGCGUUACUUGGUCGAUACGCAAAAAAUACCUCCGCAGCAGAUUAUCAUCUUCGGAAGAUCCAUUGGUUCCGGCCCGUCUGUGGACCUCGCGUCUCGCAAAGAAGUGGAAGGCUCACAACACUCGCCACUGAACGUGGCUGGCGUCGUUCUACAGUCUCCUUUGGAAAGUGGAGCAAGAGCCGUGCUUGGACACGUCACCUCUUUUCUAGGCUACCACCUGGACAUAUUCAGGAAUUAUGAGAAGAUAGACAAGAUCACCUCACCCGUUGCAAUCAUGCACGGAACUCGUGAUGAAGUCGUCCCCUACGCCAACGGUGAGGCACUCUACAAGAAGCUGCUGAAUCCAUUUCCACCGCUUUGGAUUGAUGGGCACGGACACAAUGACAUGCCGCAGGCGCGGUGCUUCAAUUACGUGAAGGAGUUCGUUCGACAUCUGAACAAGGGCAGAACGUAG